AUGUUCCUUUUAAGCAUUGUAUUGUGGAUGACCGUUGCCGCGAGCUAUCCCUUUUCUGAGAGUUACAUGUGGCAUGAUGUUGAUAUUGAUAUGAGCAAUAUUGACGUGGUUAUUACCCUGGCGAAUGGCUCAACUCCCCACUACGGCACAGUGGUGAAUACCGAGGCUGAUGUUCAUAUCAGCAAUAUGGUAAUAACUCUUCCAAAUUCAACAGUCAUUAAUACUGGGCCCAUGAUACUAUACAUUUCUACUUAUCACCAAGAUCUCUAUGACAUAGUGAUGUCCGCCGCUGGUUUCACUGAAGACUUUGUUAAAUCGUUGAGAAACAGAGCUGCGAUUCUCAAAGUUAAAUUGCAGCCAAAUAACACAAUAACCCAAUCCUUUGGUCCCCGUUUGUUUGAUGAUGGUCGUGAUGGUGACCUGGAUGAAGACGAGAGCGCCCCGGAUGAAGAUUUUGCAAGCGACCUGGAUGAAAAUACUGAGAAUUUGAUUUCAACGCUGCUGCAAGGACCAACUUCAAUUUGCUUCAACCCUAUUAAUAAGUCUUGA